CAUUGUGGGUUGUGCACAUUCUACAAUUUCUGUCCAUCGUGAUAUUUACUUCCAAUUUCAUUCAUAUAUAUACAUAUUUGUGUCACGUAAACUACCGUUAUAUCGGCCAUAUUCUGUUUCUACGUUUCUGUAUUGACAGUGCUUGUCCCUUACUUUAGAAACGUUCUCUCUGUGCAGCGCGGGUACUCGCAACCAUCAUGGAUACAGACAAUAAACUGCUAUGCACAAUUUGCGGCAUUUCUGCCAACUUAAUGUGCCAACGUUGCGGAGAACCCUACUGCAACGACGUGUGCCAGCGCAAGGAUUGGCAGAGUCAUAAAUAUGUUUGCACCUUGAUGCCCGGUUUGGUGAGUAUUAGACCCAUCAAACCAAUGCCGACUGUGUCGCACGAUUUGGCUGCUGCCCACAACGUAACGAUCACAAAGGAAUAUCCCACUGAAAAAAUGACAUCUAUGGUAAGGAAAUUGUCAAUUGAGGAAUCAAGCGGAAGUAACUGGAGUCAAGAAUGGCGAAAUUAUAUGAUGCCGUCAACAAUGGAUUUUUUCGAGUGUCGCGUCACUUGCAUGGAAGCUGAAGGGCCCAUUUGGGUAAUGGAUGUGGCCAAUAUUGAGAGCGUUGAGCGUCUAACUAACAACAUUGCGCGCAGCAUGCAGCACCAGAAACCGUUCUCAAUUCACGAUCUAUCUACAGGCAUCUUGGUUGGCGCCGCUGUUGACCAUAAAAUGUAUAGGGGCGAGGUGUUGAAUGUGAAUGUGUCCGCCGAAUAUGCUGACGUGCGCCUCAUUGACUACGGCACAGUGGUUUCUUGCAUGUCGCAAAACAUUUAUCGGGCAGUGCCGCGAAUGUCGCAAUACAAAGCUUAUUCAUUCCGGGUGAAACUGCCCAACAACACGGGCGUGCGGAUCAACAAGAAUCUGACUUUGCGCCUGCUAGGUAGCAAGACAGUCGAUGGUGUAGAGCAGGCAGAACUGAAGAGAUUGAUUGUUCCCCUUUGUUUACCAUAUGAAUUGCUGGUCAUAGAACCGGCAGUGAGGGUCAUAAAGAUUUUGCAGAGUAACGAGGAACCGCAAGUAGGUUUAGUGCAACUCAAAGCGAUAAGUAAUUUAAAUGAUGAGCUAAACGCCAGCCUGAAGAAUAAGCCUGGUACGCCAUUUAAGGAAGACUUUUCACCGAACGUACCAACCGUCCAUAUGGCAGCUCGCACUAAUCAAGGUUAUCGGCGUGCUCUACUGAUAGACUAUAUCGAUGACCCUAGGUUGUUUUUGGUGUACGAGAUGGACGAGGGACGCAUUUCUUUGACUAGCGAGGUGUGCCGCAUUCCCAAUAAGUUUGUCGGCCUACCAAUGCGCGUGUUUGCCGUCAGCCUUGAAGAUGAGCAGGUUGGCACCUUAAAAGAUCAUUUGACGCAAUACGGUCCGGAUCUGUCUAUUAAGUUUAACAAGGACAGCCUGACAGGAAGGGACAAAGACAAGCUGCGCGUUGCAAAGGCAGCGCUGUACUCAAACGAAAAUCAGGUGUGCGCAGUGCUCGCAAGAUCCUUCUUAGGUUCAAUAAACCAAAUCGGGCUCAAGUAUUGGCGGCAUCCCAUUGAAAACGACGACUUGGUGUAUAUAUCGCACAUUGUUAACUACAAGGAGGUCUGCAUUAGUUCCGUGCAGUGCAAGCAAUACGGAAAUAUAUUCAAUUGGGUGGAGACCAAAUGUAUGCCAGUCGACGACUUUAAAGAGAUUAUCAUUGGAGACAUUGUACUUGUUGUAUGCUCCAGUCGUGGCAACUACCGGGCCGAGGUUGUUUCUUUGGACAACAAUAAGUUUGGCGUUCGAAACAUCGACACUGGCUCCAUGCAUCUCGUGGUAGGCGCCAAUCUACGCAGGCCAUGUCGAUUUGUUGAGAAUCUACCUGUUAGCCACUGCCGCGUCCAAAUAAAAACCAUCUGCAACAUACCGCCAGAAGCAGUGCCGCCGAAUUCAGUUGCCAUGCAGAUCCUGAAGAGGCUGCAUGAAAAUAAAAUGGAUUUGCUUGUGAAAUUUGAUAGUUGCGAUAGAAAUAUUGUUGAUUUGCUUGAUUUAACGGCCGAGCCGAAUUCGUUGAUGACUCGCAUGCUUCCAGUGUUGUUUACUCCUAUUGCAGUCGAGCUUAACCCGGCUGUGCCCUUACCUGGUUUAUCCACUAUAGAGCGAGACCUAAAGAAAUCAUCAGCCAUUUUGAAUGAGGACUUACCUGAGGUGUCUUCAAUUGAGCGAGAGCUACUCAAAUCGUCAGUUACUCAAAAUGUUAGAAAGAAUAGUCUACCUCCGUUGCCACCUUCACCACCAACUUCACCACCGAGUGAGAAGAGUGAGAAAUCCUCUAAGCAGGUCCAACGAUAUUACUUCAAUGACUUGGAACGUCGUCUCCUGCCACUGGGCGUGAAUAUGGAAGUUAUAAUUUUAAAUGCUGUUGGACUGGAAAACUUAGGAUACGUUACAGCUUGUUUCAUCGACAACGAGGAGGAGGCUGAACAUCUACAGAACUUUCUCAAUCUUGUUGCCCAGCUUGGAAGUGACGAUGAUAAACUGCAGCCUGGCUUUUUACCUGAGGUUGGCGAGUUGUGUCUUACCUUGUAUUCAGAAGACAAUUCCUGGUACCGAGGUGUUUGCAAACAGGUUGCUGGGGAAAAAGUGUCUAUUUUGUAUUGUGACUUUGGAAACGUAGAAUUGGUUCCCAUGCAGCAGAUCAAACCAAUUUCAAGCCAACUGCUUCACUGUGUCUAUGCUACAAAAUGUUUUAUCGAUGGUUUCGAUAAAAAUAAACCAUUUGUGCAUCUUGAGAAGUAUCUGGCUGAUGCAAAUAAGAUUAUGUGUGAUGUGCUCGAAGGACCGGAGCCCAACUCACGCACGCUUAAAAUUCCGACAUUGAAUCAAAUAUUGUCGAAGGAAAAGAUUUAAACUGCUACGUAUCUAACUAUCUUAAAAACUGAUCUACUAAUGCUAU